AUGCCUAAUAGCGAUACACUUACUGGUUGGGCUUCUGUUGGCAAGGGCAAACCACUUGAACAAAUGCAAUUUCCAAUGAAGGCUUGGGAUGAUAAUUCUGUCGAGAUGGAUAUCACUCAUUGUGGUAUCUGUGGUAGUGAUGUUCACACUAUUGACUCUGGCUGGUUCCCCACUGAUUAUCCAACUAUUGUUGGCCAUGAAAUUGCUGGGGUUGUCACAAGAGUAGGAAAGAAUGUGACAAGAGUCAAGGUUGGUGAUCGUGCUGGUAUGGGCGCUGCAUGCGGUGCAUGCGGACAAUGUCAUUGUUGCAACAAGGGUGCCGAAAAUAUUUGUUUGAAAGGAUCAAUUCCUACCUAUAACGCUCGCUGGCCAACUGGUGAAAAGACAUUGGGUGGUUAUGCUGACAAAUGGCGUGGUGACGAAACGUUUAUUUGCAAGAUCCCUGAUAAUGUUUCCAACGAAAAUGCUGCUAGCUUCUUGUGUGGAGGCGUAACAACCUUUGCUCCCCUCAGACGAUGGAAGAUCGGUCCUGGUUCUACCUUAGGUGUUUUAGGUAUUGGUGGCCUUGGUCACUUUGCAGUCAUGUUUGGUAAAGCAUUAGGCGCCACUGUGAUUGCUUUAUCAUCCAGUAAUAGGAAGCGCGAUGAUGCCAUGAAGCUUGGAUGUGAUGAUUAUGUUAUCACAAACAAUGAAGAAGAAAUGGCAAAAUAUGCAAACAAGUUGACACAUAUCAUUUGCACUGGUGUAGGAGAAGAUUUCAAGUGGGAACCUUACUUUAACCUCUUGCUUCCUGAUGGCAUCUUCAUUAAUGUCAGCGCUCCUGAAUUCCAAUAUCCACCCAUCCCCAUCUUCCUUCAACUCAUGAAGCAAAUUGUUGUUGUUGGCUCUGCAGUUGGAAGUGUUAAAGAUUUGGAUGAUAUGCUUCAAUUGGUAUCCGAAAAGAACCUCAAGGCUUGGUACAAGAAGUACCCAAUGUCAGAAGUUAACAAGGCCAUUGAAGACUUUAGAGCUGGAUUACCUAGAUUUAGAUUUGUACUGGAAAACUAG